CAAUUCUUUCUCCUCUUCUCCACCCACCUCCUUCUUUCUUUCACUCCAAUGGCGGCUCAACCCCUUCCCUAAAACUAAAAUAAUAGAUAACUCCAAAAGAUCCACCCUUCGUUAUUCCUCUUCAGAGAAAUCCUCUUCCCACAUCCAAAAAUACAAAAUCAGAACCAAAAAUCAAACAUUUUUCUCUUCUCGUAAAAUCCCACAGCUGGAUUUUACUCGGCUACCUCAAUAUCCCCACUCCCGUACGCGUUAAUCCCUCAAAUCCUACCUUCUUCCUUCCGCCAUUUCCCCCCACGACUACAAAAACUAGAAGAAAAAAAGAAAGCCCAGCAGCUUCAUUCAGCACACCACUUCCCCAUCAGAACCCAGAAGCCCAAAAAUCCCUCAAAAAGAUGCCGGGUUUCUUCGUUCCCUUCGCUCUCGCCGCCUUUCUCUUCCUACCCAUUUGCUCGAUUGCCCAGACUACCGGCGGCGGGACCCGAGCUACACCUUCGGCGGCGGCGCCGGCGCCUGCUGCGGACAACUGCAACGGGAUCUUCCUCUCCUACCGUACGGGGACCGGAUCCAAGAUCGCGCCCACCGACCCGAAGCACCAGCCGUACCGAUUCGAGUCCACGCUCACAGUGCAGAACAACGGGAUCGAGAGGCUCAAGUCGUGGCAGGUCUACGUAGGGUUCAAGCACGACGAGGUCUUGGUCUCGGCGAGCAACGCGAUUCUGGCUGAUGGGUCGAGCUACCCUGCUUUGGUGGGGAACGGCACGGUUUUCGCUGGGUUCCCGAUGACCGACUUGAAGACCGCGAUUGAGACCGCCGGGGACUCGACUCAGACCUCGGUUGAGGUCAAGAUGCUCGGGACUCAGUUUGGGGUCAAGCCGCCGGCGAUUCCCUGGCCGGCGAAUAUUACUCUGGUUAAUGACGGAUGGGCUUGUCCUGCUCCUUCCACUCUAGGGGGAGCAAUGUCUGUAUGUUGCAUAAGAGAUGAGAACGCCAAGAAGAACAUAACAGUACUCGACGGUGAUUUCCUCCCUCGACAGAGCGGCGAUCUCACCAUUGCCUAUGAUGUGACUAGAGCAUAUGAUUCCAGCUACUGGGCACAAGUCACUCUCACGAACCACAACCACUUGGGUCGUCUAGACAACUGGAAGCUCAGCUGGGACUGGAUGCAGGACGAGUUCAUCUUCUCCAUGAAGGGCGCUUACCCUUCGAUUGUCGACUCCUCGCCUUGCAUAUUUGGGCCACAGGGCGAGUACUACAAGCAGCUAGACUUCUCCACCGUGUUGAACUGUGAAAGAAGGCCAACCAUCAUCGAUCUCCCACCAACUAAAUUCAACGAUUCAACUGUUGGGAUGGUCCCCUUCUGCUGCAGAAACGGGACAAUCCUGCCCCCAUCCAUGGACCCGAGCAAGUCAGUAUCUUCUUUCCAAAUGCAGGUCUUCAAAAUGCCACCAACUCUCAACCGCUCGGACAUUUCGCCGCCUCAGAACUGGAAAAUCAAUGGGACCUUGAACCCGGAUUACCAAUGUGGUCCUCCCGUGAGGGUUAGCCCGAGUGAGUUUGUAGACCCAAGUGGCCUCCCAUCAAACUCCACAGCUGUUGCGAGCUGGCAGGUGGUCUGCAACAUCACUCAACCUAAAGGAUCUUCACCGCGCUGCUGUGUGUCCUUCUCCGCAUUCUACAAUGACUCAGUUGUCCCAUGUAACACAUGUGCUUGCGGUUGCCCUAACAGAGCUGCUCAAACCUGUAGUGCAACCGCUCCACCAGUUCUUCUCCCACCGAACGCUCUCUUGGUUCCUUUUGACAAUCGGACCACCAUGGCAACUGCUUGGGCGAAUAUUAAACACCGACAGGUCCCUAACCCAAUGCCCUGUCCUGAUAACUGCGGAGUCAGUAUUAACUGGCAUGUUAACACUGAUUACAAUCGAGGGUGGAGUGCUAGGGUCACUCUCUUCAACUGGGCAGAGACUCUUUUCCCUGAUUGGUUUGUUGCCGUAGAGAUGGAUAAGGCAGCUGGUGGCUUUGAGGCGAUGUACUCGUUUAAUGGAACGAUGUUGCCGAACUCCAACAGUACUCUAUUCAUGCAGGGGCUUCCAGGGUUGAACUAUCUUGUGGGUGAGACUGAUGGGUUGAACCCGAGUAAAGAUCCAAGAGUGCCCGGGAAACAGCAGUCAGUGAUCUCGUUUACUAAGAGGACUACACCAGGAAUCAAUGUGCCAUUAGGAGAUGGGUUUCCAACCAAAGUGUACUUCAAUGGUGAAGAGUGUUCGCUUCCUUCGGUGUAUCCGACGAGUGAUGUCAGCAGAAGGGCGCCUGCAAGUAUUAUGUCUGUUAUUCUAGCAGCUCUGGUGGCAUCUAUAUUGAUGAAGGAGCUACGGUGGUAGCUUUGUCGGGAGACGAGACGAUUUAUUCAUUCUUUUUCGGGUUUCUAGGUCACACUGGAGAAGUCUUAUGAAGAUGUGCAAGCAAUUCGACACUGGUAAAUACUCUUGAGGUUUGUUGGUUUGGAGGCUGGUGACUACUGGAUUUGUUGGGAGAUGAGGGGUUCUUUAUCUGAAAACCCUUGUAGUUGAUAUCAGCACUUUGUCGCAGACAUACUGAAUUGAACCUAAAUGUACAAUGAUGUGAUUACUCUGUAGAGAUGUUUCCAUGAUUGACAGGAUUUCUAGAUUAAUUCUUUGUGCUGCUGCUGCAGCUACUACUACUACUGCUACUAUCAUUCUUCUACUUUCUUUUGAACUGCUCAGUCUUUGUAUUAUAUAACUGUUGUUACCUACUUACCUCGGGUGAAUCUUGAAUAUAUUUCGCCACAUGAUGAUGAAGUUUACAGCUUGACAAG